AUGACGUAUACAUUUCAGUUUAGCCAUGAAUCUUUACAGAAAAAGGUGACAGUAGAGUUAAGAUUAACUUUCAUGAAAAUUAAUGACAUUGACACAGUGGACCAGAAAUUUCAGGCUGAGAUCUUUAUCCAAGCUAAGUGGGAAGACCCAUUACUCGCAGAAGAUGACAAGGUGUUUGACCCAGUGAUGAUGUGGACUCCAAAGUUGAUCAUUAUAAACGUUGACGGCUCAUUCCUGGAGGAACACAAUGAGUACUCUAUCUCACACAGUGCUACUCACCCCCCUCAUGUCAACCUCAUAUGGAGAUUCAAAGCAUUCUUCAAGGAAAACUUAGAACUGCAGCACUUUCCAAUAGAUGUUCAGGUGAUUGUUGCAUUACUAUUACAAAGUAAAGUGUGCAUCAGUAUCUAG